GUUUUAAAAAUUGAAUAAAGGAGAAGGUGAAAUCAUCUUUUUCGUCAUCAGAUCACCAACCUUUGGAAUACUAUAUUAUAUUAUAUUAUAAUCUGUGUCAUCUCAAGUGUUAGUUGAAGCAGAUGAAGAUGGCGGGUUCAAUAAUCCUGGCUCAGUGUCCUGCAGAGCACUGCGGCAUAUGUUGUUCUUUAAACAGGAGGCUCCCACGAUGUUGAACACAUGCUUCCAUAUCUCAGUACCUGUUUCUGGAAGAAUUGAAUACAUGUUUUGAGGGGAGGCCGGGGGGGUCAGAUAUAUAUAUAUAAUUAAAUUGAAGGGAGUUUUAAUUUGGCCAUCAAUAUAUAUAUAUAUAUAUAUAGAGAGAGAGAGAGAGUUGAGUCGUUGAGAUGGGGGGUAAGGAUGAUAAUUCAGGCGCAGAAGAGAAAAGGAGGAAUGUGUUGGUUGGAAUCCGUUUUGAUGGGCAUACUAAAGAGUUGCUAGACUGGGCCUUGGUGAAGGUUGCAGAUCCGGGCGAUAGGGUGCUCGCUAUUCACGUUUCUACAAAGUCCUCCUCACCCUCAGAUGACCCUAAUGCUAAAGAUGAUUCCUCAUCCUCAUCCUCAUCCUCGUCCUCGUUGGAAAGUUAUCUGGAUGAUUACGAUGGCUUAUGUACUAAAAACCAGGUUCAUCUUAAAGCAGAGGUUUUGAAAGGAAGUUCAACAAGAAAGGUGCUGGUGAGGGAAGCAAAGAAGCAUGAUGCAGUAGCUGUAAUAGUGGGGACAAGCAACCAUAAAAGACCUCUUGGUUUUGGGGACCCUACCUACCUGUCUUAUCUUAGGGGAAGGGGAUGGACUUCCAUUGCUAAAUACUGUGCAAAACAACUCCCCACCUCCGUUGAAGUUAUGGCUAUUCACAAUGGGAGGAUUGUAUUCAGAAGAGGAUCCAAUUCUCAAUACACAGGUGGUGCUGGAGAUCCGAGGCCAAGUUUCUAUACAGAAAGAAGUUCCACUGUGGGGGAUGGCCAGUCUGAAUUUGGGGAAUCUGUGAUAUCAGAAAUGGGAAGGCUCAGCCAUGAAGAAAGAUGGACAGAGUGUUGUGAGAAUUAUUCACAGGAUCAGGAUGAAAGGUUGUCUACUACUAGUCCAAAGGGAACACACAAGAAAGGUUGCCUUUCUUUGGGUUCAAUUUCUCUUCCUGUUGUUGAGCUUGAUACGCUCCCCGGAUGGCCCCUACUCCGGUAUGAACCACCUGUGCCUGUUCCUGUGCAUGCUAGAAAGAUGUCUGUGGUACAGUGGGUGAUGACCUUACCAAACCGAUCUUUGCCAGACUUAGUUUCGAGCCCAAAGAGUUUAGAAGAAGAAAAUUGCAGCUUUGUAGAUAAAAAUGAAAGCUGCAGUGAGCUUAUUAAUGAUUUUAAGCUUCUGAUUGAGACAAAUUCCCCAGGCUGCAAAUGGUUCAGCUAUUCUGUUCUCACAACAUCCACUUCUCAAUUCUCUUCAGAAAAUAUAAUUGGGAAAGGAGGGUGUAACCGAGUAUACAAGGGAGUCCUUCCUGAUGGCAAACGAGUUGCAGUCAAGAUUUUGAAGUCCUCAAAAAAAGCUUGGAAGGAUUUCAUGCAGGAAGUUGAUAUCAUGACUUCAGUGAAACACAAAAACAUUGCACCUUUGCUUGGGAUUUGUAUUGAAGACAGUAGUGAUUUAGUCUCGGUCUACAACUUUUUAUCCAAGGGGAAUUUGGAAGAAAAUUUGCAUGGGAAGGGAAAGGGACAGUCUCCAUUGCCUUGGAAAGUAAGGUUGAGAAUAGCUACAGGGAUUGCUGAAGCCCUGAAUUAUCUUCACAAUGAACACCCUCGGCCUAUCAUUCAUAGAGAUGUCAAAUCCUCGAAUAUUCUUCUUGGAGAUGAGUUUGAAGCAAAGUUAUCUGAUUUCGGGUUAGCUAUAUGGGGACCCACAAGGACAUCCUUUGCAACUCACAGUGAUGUGGUGGGAACCUUUGGUUAUCUAGCUCCAGAGUAUUUUAUGUAUGGAAAAGUGAGUGACAAGAUUGAUGUGUACUCCUUUGGCGUUGUUCUACUGGAACUGUUAUCAGGGAGAAGAGCUAUUGGAUUUGAGAGUGCAAGGGGGGGCCAAGAAAGCUUGGUUAUGUGGGCAAAACCGAAACUAGAGAGUGGAGACCUGAAAGGCAUAAUAGAUGAAAAUUUGAAUGUAAAUGGAGAUGAGGAGGCUGAGGUGCAGAGAGUGGGUCUUGCAGCAAGACUGUGUCUUACACAAGCAGCUCGGUUUCGUCCUAACAUAGCCCAGAUACUGAAGAUGUUACGGGGGGAGAAAGAUAGCAAGGGAGAAGAAGAAAAUGAAAAUGAAAAUGAAGAUGAAUCGCAAAAGGUAGAGAUGGAUGAUGAAGUGUAUCCAGAUUCAAGCGUAGAGUCACACAUAAGUGUUGCCUUACUGGACUCCUCCGCAUCCUUCAGCAGUGUGGACCAAAGCAGCCCUUACUCUGUAGAACAAUACUUGAAGAAAAGAUGGAGCAGAUCUUCAAGCUUGGAUUGAUUCAUUAGCUUUCAUUUCAUUUCUUUUCCGUGCCUCUAAUUAAUUUCUCAGAUUCAUUGUUUCACGGUUUGAUUGUAGUUUAGUAGUAGUAAUAAUGUACGGAGUAGUAUAGAACAAAUGACACCCAGUCAUGAAUGAGGUGAGGUGAGGUGAUGAUGGAUUUAAUAAGUUUAGAUAUAGUAGACACUAGACAGACCGCUUCAGUUUUUGUGUUCACGUACAGUACAGUACAUGAUUCAAUCCAAUAAAUUUCAAUUUCAUUAUAUGUUUGACAAAAUAAUAGUAAAUGGAUAUAAAUGUUUUCUCGUCC